UCGCUUUCUACACGGACCCUGUUCCAGGGCGCACACAUCCUGACAGCUGAUUCAAGAAAAGAAGACGUGUACUUCUCUCUCUGCGCCGAGUUUGAUCUCCGUUUUGGCUCCGUAAGUUCACUGUAUUGCUUGAGCGGGAUUCGUUGGAGUCAAUGGCGACGGUGGAGGAGCUGAAGCUGAGGGUGAGGGAGCUGGAAAACGAACUGAUAAAGUGUAAGCAGAGGCAGUGCGCCGCGGAGGAUGCUCACAACAGACCCAAAAUUGAUCAAAUGAGCGCCGAGGUUGUGGAUUCCAACCCGUACAGCCGCCUCAUGGCUUUAAAAAGAAUGGGCAUCGUGGAUGAUUAUGAGAAAAUCCGGACAUUUUCGGUAGCUGUAGUUGGUGUUGGAGGCGUCGGCAGCGUGACCGCUGAAAUGCUCACCAGAUGUGGCAUCGGUAAGCUGCUGCUGUUUGACUAUGAUAAAGUAGAGCUGGCCAACAUGAACAGACUGUUCUUCCAGCCUCACCAGGCAGGCCUCAGUAAGGUGGAGGCAGCAGAACAUACACUCAGAAACAUCAAUCCAGAUGUGGCAUUUGAGACUCAUAACUACAACAUCACGACCUUGGACAACUUCACACAUUUCAUGGAUCGCAUCAGUCAUGGAGGGCUGGAAGAAGGAGAACCAGUGGAUUUAGUUCUGAGCUGCGUGGACAACUUUGAGGCCAGGAUGGCCAUCAAUACAGCCUGUAACGAACUGGGUCAGAUCUGGAUGGAGUCUGGUGUGAGUGAAAACGCCGUCUCAGGACACAUCCAGCUCAUCAUUCCGGGGGAGACGGCCUGCUUUGCUUGCGCCCCUCCACUGGUGGUAGCUGCUAACAUUGAUGAGAAAACCCUAAAGCGGGAGGGUGUGUGUGCCGCCAGCUUGCCAACAACAAUGGGUGUGGUUGCAGGCCUGCUGGUGCAAAAUGUCCUCAAAUAUCUACUAAAAUUUGGCACGGUCAGCUAUUAUCUGGGAUACAACGCCAUGCAGGACUUCUUCCCUACUAUGACCAUGAAGGCCAACCCACAGUGUAAUGACCGCCACUGCAGGAGGCAGCAGGAGGAGUAUAAGAAAAAAGAAGCAGAGCGGCCCAAGGUGGAAGCUGUGCAGGAGGAGGAGGAAGAAGCAAUCGUACAUGAAGACAAUGAAUGGGGUAUUGAACUGGUGUCUGAGGUGACUGAUGCAGAGUUGCAGGCUGCAUCAGGGGUUGUGCCUGACCUACCAGAGGGCAUCACUGUGGCCUACACCAUUCCUGUUGAGGAAACAGCCAAAGGAGAGACAGUGGAGGAGACUGAAGUGAGCUUGGAAGACUUGAUGGCUCAAAUGAGAAAGCUGUAGACAACGAUCUGAGCUCUUUUCUCCAGGCCAUUUUUUUUUUUUUUUUUUCCUGUGUUCAUACUUUUUUUUUUUUUUAACAUUCUCAUCCAAAAGUCUUGUGUAUAAAAAAAAACUAUAGAAUAAAAUCAAGAUUAAAGACAUGUAAUGCAUGAAGCUGGUUGCAAGCCCACAAAAUAACACAUGGAAUGACAUCAGAUUCUCACAAAAUGGUCUAUUAACCCAAAUGAAAAAUUAGUUGCUCUUCAAUCUGUUUACGAAUGUUCAACUUUUCAGCAAUGUAUCAUUCUGCUGCAACAUUACUGAAACCUGUCUCAAUAAAGUAUUUAUUAGAUUCAAUCUAA